UUCCAAAAAUUCAGAUCUUGUCAGUUUUCCGGUGAUUUAUCUAGCACAACCAGAAAAACCGCAACGUAACAAUGACAUUACAUUACUAAGAAAAAGCAUUUCAUCGAAUUUAUCUGACAUAAAUAUUAUUCGAACAAACGUAUUGAAAAUUUCAUCAUUCGUACUUUGUUUUAUGUCCCUAUAAGAAAAAUCCACUUGUCUUGAUAACGAAUGACUAGUUGUAGGUAUCGUGUAUCAGAAACAUUACGCGAAUCAAUCAUUAGGUACGUUGAUAUCCAUUCAUGAAAUCAUAACGCAACAUGAAUCAUAAUGUAACAUCACUCCAGACUGGCAGACUUCUACGUCAGUAAGAUUCACCUGUGACGUCGUACACCCACCCACUCAAGUAGUCAUGUAAAAAUCUAUCGUUAUCGUUGUUUUGGCAAACGUUAUUGUGUGGUUGAGUGUACAUUACUGCAGUUUAGUUUAUAGUUUGGCCUCGAUGCGUUAAAUGAAGUGUAAUUAGUAUAAUUGUUAGUUGCUCCGGUGAAAUUGUCCAGCUCUCACAGUUCUGUCAUUUGUGGUGGGAUCCAUGUGUGUUAUGGGUGCAUUAUGUCGGUUCCAAGCCAAAUAUGUGAUAGAAGGCGAGUUGGAGACAGAGUGGCUCCAAGCGGCUGGUCUUGGAUCACUAGCAGCGCCGUUCCAGGCCGGUCUGGAGGUCACCGAGGCCCAGCUGGGUGAAGCGGUCCGACCUCUGCCCAGAGAACAGGCCGCUGCAGUCCGCAGACGCGUCAGGCGACUUAACAGAACUGUGAGGAGGAAGCGAGCUGCUUCCCGAGCCAGGAAACCUGACAUCCGAGACGUAUUUAGAGACUUAGAGAACUCAAGUGGUAGUGAACCGCGGUCGCGCAGUGCGACUCCCGACUCAUUGGAUUCUCUGCCGAGCGGUGGCUCCGGCAGCCCGCCCGCCGAGUGGGCCGACGCUGCUACGCCACCAGACUUUGUCGACAGCUUCCCGUCCGUGGGCACACACACCCCGCUCGCGCGCACGCCGUCGGCGCCGGCGGGCGGGCGCCGCGCGCGCCUGUCGCCGCCAGCCGAGCCGCACUCGCCGCCGCUGCCCAUGCACGAACUCUUCAAACCAAACGACUUGCAUUGGGCUGAUAUUGCGAGUAAUACCGAGGGCAUCGAGCUCCUAGGUUACCAAAGAUACGGCACAGUUCAGGGACCAAGGAUAGGAAAAGAACGAAUCAAUGGAUCUAUACUCAAAGACAAUGAUCCAUUCAUCAGUAACAAUAAGCACGCGGCCGUGUCUCGCGCUAAGAGUGCCGCGUCCGCUCAGCAGCCACUCAGCUUCGAACACAAGUUCAAUCUCGACAGACAAAUGCUCGACCAUGAGGAGGAAUGGCCUGAAGAGGAUAGUACAGUGGAUAUUGAGAGCAUCGGCGAGCCCCAGCUGAAGCGGCUACCGCCUCUACUGUGGCUGGAGCUGACCGCACUCUUCGACCGAUACUCCCUGCCCUUCCAGAAAAGGAAAUCGCCUAAGAAGAAGAGGAAAGAAGAGGGUUCAGUAUUUGGCGUAUCUCUGGAGACUCUGGUUCGCAAAGACAUGAUCUUGUGGGAGGAGACUUGGAGCUGUGCACCCAGUAUUGUGCGAGCUCUCGCCGCAGCGCUAGUACAGCGCACUGCUGAUGAGGGCCUGCUUAGGGUGCCAGGAAACAAGCAAAAGAUCGAAGCGCUCUGCCAACUAAUCGAGCGACAAUGGUACUCCGACCGGUCCGCGGUGGAGGCUGCGUUGUCUCGCGCCAGCAGUCACGACCUGGGCGCUGUGUUCAAGCGAUUGUUGCGCGCCCUGCCACAGCCACCUCUGACCCAGGAGCUCAUGAGGCUGUUCUAUCACACAUACGCCCUGAGUGGCACGACCCAAGGGCGCGCCCUGAACCUGCUGGUGCUGCUGCUGCCGGCGGAGCAGCGCGCCACGCUGCGCGAGCUGCUGCGGCUGGUGCGCGAGAUAGUGGCGCGCCAGGACAUCAACAAGAUGACCGAACACAACGUCGCCAUGAUCAUCGCUCCCACGCUCUUCCCGCCGAGUCUGCUGAUCAAGCAGUCGGACAGCCUGGAGACGCAGCUGGCGACGGCGGCCAACAGCUGCCACGUGACGGAGGCGCUGAUGCGCUGGUGCGAGCGGCUGUGGCGGCUGCCCGCCUCGCUGCUGGCCGCCGCGCAGCGCAAGCACGCGCCCCGCCGCCCACUCCACACCUGACUCGCGCCAGCGCGGCCGCGGGGCCCGGGGCCAGCUCCAACUGGCUUUCACAUCAAGUGAACAUUCAUUUUGACCUUAGCAUUCAAACUGUCAAGGUCAAAGUUGAUCAGAACGCCAGUUCCAGAGUAAAUCGUUUAAAAAGGACAUUUUUAAUUAGUGUAAGUGACCUCCAAACUCAAGGUCGAUUGGAUAGAAGAGCGCGCGAUCCGAUUCGAUGGAUGUCCAUUGAAUGGUGCUCACAAUAAGUAUUAUAUCGAAUAAGAACAAUUAUUAUAUCCAAUAUUAUUUUCAGUCAAAUUGUGCUGUGUUUAUAAUUAUUUUAUUCUUGAACAAUAUUUUAGACGAGUGAUAAUUACUUUAUGCUUACCUACAAUAAUUAUACUCCAGUAUGUUAUUUCGUAUAAUAAUGUGAAUAAGAUGCCAAAUAUUCAACCAUUUUUCUUAAUUAUAGUGAUAUUAUCAUUGUUCCAACUGAGAGGCUGAGUCUAACUGUUGAGUCUUCAAAAAUAUUUGAGUGUAGUAGCCGGUCUUACAGAAAUGACGAGUAAAAUCUUAGUAUAAUAAAUAUAUUGUGAUUGUUCUCAGUAAAAUUAUUUACACUUACAACGUCGUAACAUAAAGUUUAUAACAUUUUCGUGAGUGAUGAUUUUAUUGAGAACAAACUAAUUAAUUUACUUUGAAAAAAAA